AUGACUGUCCGCUUCAAGAGUCAGAGUGAAUAUCAGAAGAGCUACAGGGUCUCCCGCUCCAGAAGUGUGUCUCCUCAGCGUUACGCCCCGUGGGCCGGCCUGCGCUCCGACCAGAUGGGUACGUACCCCAACCUCAUCAAACGUUGUCUGACAAUGCUCCAGAUACAGUCAGCUGGGAAGUCUGUAUCAGCAGAGAACCCGGCCUUCAGCACAGGAAGAGGGUCGGUCCUGCUGGUCCUGCUCAGUCCCGAACCUUUCUGCUCCAUCCACCAGAUCCACAGCAGUCUGUCACUGAGCCGACCGUUCAUGCACAGAGAACAGCGCCUCCUGCUGCCUCCAGGAGCCGUUCAGCCCACAGGAAGGAGCCGUCCCGGGAACCAAGACCUCCAAUGCCAACACCUGGAUCACGGACAGAACCAGCAUAUCUUGCAGAUCGUGAACCUCCUGCAGGACCACGACGUGCUGCAGAUCCUGAAGCAAGAACUUCUGGAAAAUCUUCCCCGCCCCUCUAAAGGUGACAGCCAACCACAGCUCAGCAGCCCCGUGACCUCAGCACCUGAUGGACUGCAGCCCUCGGCCAAUGAGGAGGUGGAGCUUGCUCUGCGGAGGAGGGCGGGGCUGAGGUCCGGAGGUCAAAGGUCAGGGAGUCACAGGACAGAGUACAACAGACAGUUCAGCUGGAAGAGGCCUGUAGCUGCUGCUUCACCUUUACUGACUGCAGAACAGGUGCUUUACUCCAGCAGCAGGUCUGUCUCCCCCUUGAAGAAGAACCCUGUUUCCAUGGCAACAGAGUACCAGCAGAACUUCCAGGGUCUGCUCCCACCGGCCAGACCUCGCCUUCGGAAACAUCUGGAGCAUCAGAGAGUCCCACUGUUUUACACACACACGAGCAACAAAAAGAGGAGGGAGGAGUCGGAGAAGCUGCUCCGUCCAGACCAGACCCCCAGCCCUCAGAGAGAAAACACCACGCCCCCUCCUCCACGGAUUCAGAGAGGUCACAGGAUCCCCGAAGAAGGCGGAGAAACGGACGCCGACGCCCCUCAGGUGAAGGAGUUGAGUGAGUUGAGGCAGAGAGCGUCUGCGUACCGCCGUCGAGCUUGGGGAACUAACUUCUCCAGAGAUCACCUGAGCCAGCUGCUGUCUGAACACAACGCUCUGUGGGAGCCGACAGACACCACAGACUCUCCCACUCAGCCCACGACCCCCAGUCUGUCCUGCAACCUCAGUCACGACCAGGACAGCCGCAGCUCUGCCUGUGUGGAGGCCCUGGACCUGGCCAGCCGCUCCAGUAGCUGCAGUCAGAGGUCGUCUGCUGUGGCGUCAGGUGACGUACGGCGAACAAACAAAAAGAAAAACAGAAACACACUAGCUCUUCCAGGUCCUGCUGCUGACAGGAGUUUGCCCGAGGAGGAGGAAGAAGAAUGCACACAGGAGGAGGAGGGAAGGUUACCGACUCCCAAGCUGAAGACGCGGCCUGUUCAGAGGACUCACCAUGAUGUCACCACACCUGUCGCAGGAGGCGCCAUACUGGUAGGUAAGAUGAGAAGCUCCGAAGACGCCGACCUGCCCGUCACACGUAAGGAGGCGUGGCAAGACAACCACCCCACCCGCCUGUUCUCCUCUAGCCCCGCCCUCAACCACAAACCAGCCUCCAGCCCGCCCUCUAAACCAAUCAGGACCAAGCAAACGCCUUAUUCCCCGGUAGCCCCGCCCCCGCCGGGCCCGACCCUGCAGCACUGUAUCCAAGGCACGCUGAGGCACCCCGACUUCCAGCACAACGGUGAGUUGGGUUUGAGGUUCAGGGAGCUUCAGUGUUCAGGAAGCGGCUGCGGCUCUGAUGAAGACGACCGUCUCUCAGUGAUGUCGUGGCGCUCAGCAGCUUCCUGCUCCAUGGCGUCGGGCGUCCUGGAGCGCGCUCAGAAGAGACGGGAGAACUUCUGGGGGAAGAGAUGACGCCGAGCCGGGCCGCUGCCGUC